AUGGCCGAGCUUGUUGGGCUCGUUGCAAGUAGCAUUGCAAUCGUAGAGACAGCAGGCAAGGUCGCCGGCGCCGUGCUCACGCUCAAGAAGCUUUGGGACGAGAUCCAAGAUGUCCCCGACACAAUUCGCAAUCUCAUGACUGAGAUCGAGGUCCUGGAGCCCAUAUUGACAGUCAUCGAGGACGACUAUAACAAUACAGGAACCCCUAUCCCAAAUGAUAGAGCCUCGAAUUUAGCACUGGCCUACUGCCGCAAGGCUGUGACGGAUCUUGAAGACCUGGUGCGGCAUCUUUCAGUCAACCUCCAGGCAGCCAGGAGAUCAAAGAGAGGAAAAGCCAAAGUUCGAGUAAUUCUCGAAAAGGAUACGCUGAAAAAGCUUCAAGAUCGGAUGCAGGCUGCAGUCCGACUCCUUACCUUGGCGCAGCAGACCUACCUAGUUGCCCUCACAAGAUCUCAGCCCGAAAUUAUAUUCCGUCGACUCGAGUCCACUUCAUUGCUUGAAUCAAACGUUUCGGUCGAGUCACCUCGCGAAAACGAUGAUAAGGGCAUCCAAUCACAGGAAGAUGGGAGCACAUCUAUCGUAAAAUUUCAACAACCUGAAACACGUACCAGCUUUUUGCACAUUGCUCAUUGGCGUACCGCUUUUGGCAACGUCGGAUGGGGUCGUGGUAAAGAGGAUGGGAAUACACUUUUCGGAUGGAUGACCCGAUUCGAAGCGCCCUCCUGGUUAUCCCAACGAGCAUGGGAUCUACGGAUUACUCACUCAACCUCCGGAUGGCAGAUGAAUCUCAAGCCGUACUGCGUUCGACCCGACGGCGAUCAAGUCUUUGAUCACGUCCGGAAUGGUGACACGCAAGCCUUGGGCUGGCUCAUCAGAAGCGGCAGGGCAUCGAUAUAUGACAUUGAUAAAGAUGGCUGGAGUCUUCUCCAUUGGUUCUAUGGCUCUGAGACUCCUGCCCACUAUGCAAUUGAAGGAAUCACCUACGAAGAGGAAAACCUUCCAAAUUGGCCAGAACUUGAUCGCCUUUUGACUUCUGUCGGCGCAUACGAAGAUAUUGACGAUUUAAACCCUUGGAGACCUGGUUCGCGACAAGGAAUAAAAGGCGACAAUAAAGAUAAUCACAUGUCGAGAUGUGUCGAGGAAUUCGAGUUCUUCCAGCCAGUGUAUUCCCCAAACCAUAAUGGUCUCAAUAUCUGCGAACGAUUGGACUACGGCAAAGUCCAGUGGGAUUAUGGAGAUGACGUACUUCGGUUUUUACUAUUCAAUGGAGGUACUGUGACAACUGAACAGAUCCAGGCCCUUGAGAAAAGUGGAAUUGGCCCUUUGAAUCUUAUCGCGUUCGGGUACCACUGGAAGAAGUACCGCCCCAAUGUUGAUCCGAGACUCACGACCUUGGUCCAUGAAAUGAUAAGAUCAGAGGCCAACGUUCAUUUUGAGCAGCACCCUCAUGCUCUACCGCUCCAUAUGCGUGGUGUCAAUGGCUACCCAUUUAGCACGCCAUUCUUUGGCGUCCUUAUUCCGGCUCCAUAUUAUUAUUAUUAUGAUGAUGAUAAUGAGGGCCCUCAACGUCUGCAGGAGGACAUCGAAAGGGUAAUGCUGAACUGGUUAGAAGAUCUCUACAGUUGCGGCAUAGAUCUGAGUCGGUAUGGGAAACAUGAAAUGAAAGUGUUUCGCAAGAACAGAAUAUUGAGGGAAAGGUGGUACCCAUGGGAUCAGUGGAUGCAGCUGUCUGGAUUCAAAUACGGUCCGAAGCCGGAAGACUGGGUUCUAGAAUGGGACCUGAUGCCAGAGAGACUAUCAGGAGAGUUUUGGAGUAUGGUCGAAGAGCAACUACAACAUCCUCAAAUGCCGGGGGCUUGGGUAGACUCUGCUCCUACGUAUCUUAAGCGUGUCUGGGUCGGAUACUACGAUGCUUGCGAGAGCUCUGAGACUUCGGACUCAGAUACAGGAUGA